AGCCUCCAUUACAGAUCUUCAGCCAAGAGGUGUUCGUGGUCAAGGUUUGCCUGACUUUUUCGUUGCGUUGUCGGACUAUUUCGUCACCAUGUCUGGCAAGUCGAUGAAAGGCAUUCGUAAACUGGAACGACCUCGUCCGCUUCACCUAAAUUCAGAUCAGGAGAAAGGUUCAACAGGCACACUCAGCCCUACUGACAAUGCACCACUACGGAACGAUACAACUGACGAGGAGGUACUGAACGAGCUGGAAGCACUUCACAUAUCUGUGAACAAUGGCAACCUGGACAAGACUACUUUGUCCCAGAUUGUUCAUGUCUGCAAUCUCCUCAAGUCAAGGGGAGCCCUUAUCGAAUCGUCAUUCAAAGAACAACUGGACUGUUAUUUUGUCACCCUGCGCAAUGCCUCUCGGGAUGAGAGGCUUGAUGUGAUUGAUCGUCUGAGGCUGCUGGAAGUAAUUGAGCUACGUGCAAUGGGCUGGAAGUCCAACGAGAAUCUCGAAGAAUACUACAAGCGCAAGUACAUAGAACAUGAGAUUUCCCAGAGUUACGACUUUACACCACUCGCAAACUCGUCGUCGACUCAGCUGGCCUAUGCAACUCAGCCUUCGCAGCAGGCGUCCCUUCCUGCCUCGGCAUCACCGCCGCUUUCUCUCCAGCCCACCGAAGUGCUCAAAAGUUCGGGGAAGUUUGGAAAACCCGCCAAAAUUCCCGGUCGCAACUUUCUGAAAGACGAAAUUGUCAUUAGAAACUCUGACUCUGGAAAAGUGAUGGGCAUCAAAGGGCGUCGCGUUCACAUGAUUGAGGAGCUGAGUGACACGGUGAUCUCCUUCCAGCGAGUCAAUCCUGGUGUGAGGGACAGGCUUGUGCAAAUCACUGGAGCCAACGAAGACAAUAUUUUGAGGGCCAAAGAUCUGAUUGAAGAUACCAUCCGCAGAAAUGCCUCUCCCAUCAGGGAUGUGGGUGAUGAGGGCUCUCCAAACUAUGGGAUGGUGGUCGCAAAGGAAAACCAGACCAGCUCUGGACCAAAGCCCUCCCUCGUCCAUAGCUAUAGUAUGGGCGACGCCAGCAUGGGGGAAUACACGAGGGAUGUGAGCGUCGGGAGGGACACAAUUCGAAUCAAUGGCCACAAAGAAAUCCUAGUCAAGACUGCUAAACUGGUCCUGGAAAAGUACUUUGGUGGGCAAUGUGACUAUGCAAACAAGGUCACGGUGGACAUGCUGUCGCCACCGAACCGGGGCUCUUACGUGUCUCCUGAGCCGGGGCUCCUUUCCAACAGCCGAAGUGCUUCUGACUUGGGCAGAGCUACAUCCUGGCAUGGGUUAGCUUCGAGGAGGCGCAGUGGUCCUGCCAGUAGUCAAACCAGCAGUUCCAGCGAUGAAGAAACAUUCAAGGAUGACAGUGGUGAUCUGGAUUCAUCGGACAAGGGUGUGGCACCUUCCCCGAAGCAUAUUGUGAAGUCCACCAGCAUUGCAAAAAGCCUUCCAGCACAGAUGAAAUCUGUUGCAGAGCCUCCUCCAGUAUCCAGGCAGUCUAAGGUUUCCGGAUACAUGACGGACGUGGCUCCCAAGGUUGACCGUCCGCAAGUGCCUGCCGCUGCUUCUGUGGUGACUGCUGACCCGCCACCGUCGGCUUCUGCCAAAAAGAAGAACUAUUCUCGGGAUUUCCUUCUCGGUUGUGCUCGCUCGCCAUAUGCCACUGAAAUGCCUCCUGAUUUUCCUUCUCUGGAUCCUGACGUUGCGAACCUAAUGGUCAAGCAGCACGCUACGCCGUUCGACUCCGAUGGAUUUCGGCAACGAAUGAUGCGGCAGGCUUCAGUCUCAGACUUCGUUUCAAGCUCCCCUGUUUCGUCGACACCACCUCGUUCCGAAUUAUCUGAGCUGGAUGACGGCAGCGUGGGUUGACGAAUCCGGUCACUGGAGGAAUCCACCACAAUGCAAUUUCCAUGGGAUGGCGUUGUAUGGUUGUGACUUCCGUAAUCUGGAAGUGCUUCCACCUCGUUUUAGAGUGUAUUGAAUAAUUCUCUACAACAUUCUUUUCUCGGUUCGUUUGGCAAUGGCAGUAUAUUAGAAAUGUACAGUUUAUGAAAAGUGCGCAGAAAGAAGACCAGAAAUAUUUUGUUUGUCAAUAAAAAGUUGACAUACCAAGAUGUAUAUUUUUUUUUUGUCAUGUGGCAACUUUAGUGGAAUUGCCCAUGGCAGGGUAGUCUGUUUAAUCAGGCAGUUCUGUAAACAAGGCAAAUUUCUAGAAAUUUUUUGAGUGCAUUUAAUUUUGUUUGAUAUUUGUCAUGCACUACAAAGAUUGCAUUGGUUGUGAGUGUAUGUUUGGACUGCAAAGGAAGACAUCUGGGAGGGGACAUUUAUGAGGUGUGCUUGUUGGUUUGUUUUGGGAUAGCAUGUAGUCAUUGCAGAGACCUAGUGUGAGCUACUAUAUUGAUAGCCAAGCUGCAAAUCUUUUUUAGUUGUGUGUGGCCCAUUGAAUGGACAAAAUUUUUCAUACAAUUAAUUUCUAUGGAAUUGAGAAACAAUAGCAUGAGCCAGUGUUGCAUUUGGAGUCUACACAAGAGCAAGAGCCCACAGCACUAAACACUAAUGGGCAGUGAUACUUCACAAGGUUUAGAGAAAAGUGCCCCCUUUGUAAACAUAGUCUUCCGUUAGCCUUUCACCAGGGUGACUGCAUUGUGAACUUGCUGUCAAAGCCUAGUUUGGGCUAGAGAGCUCUUCCCCCAGUUUUGCUAAUGGUUUGGGCUCUAUGGUUCUUGUGUAGUGUCCGUCUGGAUCUUUGACGUUUAGUACAGCAGACAAGGUUGCCACACCUCUUAACUUACUUUUUAUUUGUUUCAGAAAGUAACAAAUGCCCAUCGUUGAGACUUUUCAUGUGUGAGGUCACCAUGUUCUGCCGUUGAUUGAAGCAAGCAAUCGCUCAACUAAUGCCAAGGAGGCCGAAUGUGAACAAACUUACUUAUGUUAGCUAAUCACCAAAGGAAUGUUGUCUGACGUUUUUGUUGUUUUUAUCUAUGUCACAAACAGAUCAUUAGUGCUUACAUCCUGUGUGUGUGGUGUGGUUAGAAAGGGAAACGGCAUUGGAUUCCUUGUCACUCUGAUCACAUGCAUAUACACAAUUACUCAAGGCACUUUUCAAGAAAAACUAUCAAUGCAUAGUCUUUAUUCCUAUUUUUACUCCUUUAGAAGAACUAAUAAAAGAACUGCGCUGUUUGCAUUUAUGUCAUCAUUAUAGCUUGUUUGUCCAACUUGCUCUGAGUAUCAUUUUAUAAUAGGAGACAAGCCUAUCGUUUGAGGCUGAAAUGACUUGGGAGGGAUAUGGCAUUGGAUUCCUUGUCACUCUGAUCACAUGCAUAUACACAAUUACUCAAGGCAAUUCUCAAGAAAAACAAUAUCAAUACAUAGCCUUUAUUCCUAUUUCUACUCCUUUAGAGGAACUAACGAAAGAAGAAAACAAAACUCAUUAUCUGUGCUGUUUGCAUUUAUGUCAAUAUUAUAGCUUGUUCGUCCAACUUGCUAUGAAUAUCAUUUUAUAAAAGGAGACAAGCCUAUCGUUUGAGGCUGAAAUGAUUUGUCGGUUGGUGCUUCCAAGUUGUUUCAUGAAAUUGAAAAAUUAUGUAUACGGCUGCAUUGAAAAAAAAAAUAUAUUUAGGCUAUCUUUCAGUUGAUCUGUAUUUUCUUUGUGUGUGUGCUAGUUUCUUGUGUAUGUGGUGCAUGCCUCCUUUGAGACUGAACCCUUGGCACAGUGCUUCGUCUCCUGUUUUUAACUUUCCUAGUCGAAGAGUGCGAACAUUGCUAAACAGGUGUCUUCCAUUGGAUGUGGUCUAAAUAAAAUGUCCACUGGAUGUGGUUUAAAUAAAAUGUGCAAUUGAUUUCA